AUUUAUGCAAGAGGACAAAUUCAAUGACAUUCAGGUGUCCCAAUAUACAGCUGAUAAGUUGAAAAAGCAAGCGCUAGAGUACAAGAGGCUUCAAGAUACUUUUUCUAAGAGAUUUGCAUCGGACGCCAACACUUAAUUUUAUGUUUUAAGCACAAAGUAUUUUAAAUGGAAAAUAUAAGAUGGCUUAAUCAAUGGAAGCAACACGUUUCGUAUGAUGAGAUCGUGGCUAACAAAGCACCCUGUAAAUACUUUGGAAGAAUCACACUCGAAAGAAUUAACGAUGAUUUGGAGGAUAUUGUGUAGAAAUGUUUUAAGUACUACCCAAUCAGCAAUCACCCAUGGAAUACAUACAUGAAACAAGAUUUAUAAGAAAAUGUGGACUAUGUAGUUAUUGAUAAAGAAAUUUGGGAAUUUUUUAUAUCAUAUUAUUCAGGCACUGCAAUAAUCAGAAAUUCAAAUGGUAGUGGAAAGGAUAAAUAGGUGGCUGUAAAUUUGUUAAGAGUAUUUAUAAUGUAUUAAUCUUUAGUUUAAAUGCGUCUUGCUUUAUCCCUCAAUAAUCAAAUAAAUAUCUUAUGACAGUAUGCAGAGACAAACAUUUGAGAGUGAGGUAUUGCAAGUUGAUAGAAAUAUGAAAUUCAAAGAUUAUUAAAAUUUGAUAUAAAGAACGGUGCAUACUUUCUCAGGGAAUUUCGCUAAAGAUAACAAUGUCAGAAUUUGGAGAUACGUCACAGACUAGAAAGAUCAAUAUAAAGCUUUGUUUAAUGAAAUUAACAAAUAAGUAAGCUAAUUAGAAAGUCAAGAUGAUAUGUGCUUUGAUUUCAAUGGAGAGUUACUUACACAUCAAUAGUAUGAUUCUAUUGAAGACGUCGGUAUUAUUGACACAAAUGUCAUUGUAUUCGAAGUAAUUAUGCGAUUUACACAUUUAGUUCAAAGAUGAUUAUAAACCAUGGUGCAUUAGAAAUUAAGCAGUCUAGAUAGAAGGAAAAUGUGAAAAUUGUCAUGUCUUCAAAGUUCUAUCCUUCCCAUGCAUUUGCAGAAAGGUCUCUUAUUGCAAGGAGGAAUGUAGAUAGAAAGAUUAUAAUUAUCAUAGUGCUAGAUGUGAAAAGCAUGGUUCAGACGAUGAAUCAGUUAAAUCGCUUACUCUUACAUAAACAUCAGUUAAGGGCAUCGUGGGUUUAAGCAAUUUAGGAAACACAUGCUUUAUGAAUAGUGGAACCCAAUGUAUUUCCAAUUCUUAUCCUUUGGUGGAAUAUUUCUUGAAGAAUUUAUAUUUUGAUGAGAUCAAUAUGGAAAAUCCUUUAGGCACACAAGGACAAUUGGUGAAGAAGGUUGGAUCCCUCAUUAAAAAAAUGUGGUGCGGAGAUAGACAAACCAUAACUCCCACCAAUUACAAAAAGGCUGUUGGUCAAUUUUAACCAAUGUUUAAGGGCUUCCAUCAACAUGAUUCAUCUGAGUUAAUAACAUUUGUUUUGGAUGGAAUUCAUGAGGAUUUGAAUAGAGUCAAAAAGAAGCCAUACGUUGAAACUAAGGAUUAUGAUGGUCGAUCUGAUUUUGUUGUUGCUAAGGAGAGUUGGUUAAAUCAUCUUGCUAGAAACCAAUCCAUAAUUGUCGAUCUCAUGCAUGGUCAAUACAAAUCAACUUUGAAGUGUCCAACUUGUCAACAAUUUUCAAUUACAUUUGAUCCCUACUUAAUGGUUUAAUUGGGUAUUCCAAGUUAGAAGAAAAGAUCUAUUCAAUUCAAAUUUUACAAGGACUUAUUUUAAUAUUAGUAUAUCUCAAUCCCAUUUGAUAAAACCAAAAGCAUUGCUUUAAAAGAUUAUUUGAAAAUUCUGGGUGAAGAACUUAAAGUCGAUCAUUAAUAAUUGUUUGGUUACAUCGCAAACAUGUACACCUCCUUUGAAUUUUUGGAUGAAAAUAAAAGCAUUGUUGAGAUUAGAAAGAGUGCAAAAAGGUCAUAGCUUUGUUUUAGAUAAAUUACUGAUCUAGAACUUAAAAUGAAUAAAAAAUUCCCUAUUUAAUUCUCUAACAAAUACUUUGAGCAAUAAUAUAAAAAGUCCUAUUUUUAGUCUGGUGCAAUUAUAGUUGAUGGAUUAAUGACAUUGAAAUAGGUGCAUCAAUAAAUCUUUACUCAUUUCAAAUAAUUUUUUUCAGAACAUGAAAAAGUAGAUUAUGAGAAAUAAGUCUUGAAUUCAGUAUUUAUUCGAUUAUAUCUAUUAGUAUUAUUCUUUAGUUUACAAAACUAAUUAAAACUAUUGGAAUCCAUGUGCCUUUUGUAAUUCAAAGAAUUGCAAUGAUUGUGAAGUCAAAUAUGAUGAUGAAACAGUUGAAGAAGUCAAAAAUAGAGCCUUAAAAGUAGAUUAACAAUGUAAUUUUGAAAUUGUCAUCAUUUGGAAAUAAAGUCCAUUUAAAUCAGCUAAAUUACCAGAUAUUUUUGAUCAUUUUUUCAAAACAAAUAAAAUCGAAAGUAUUUAUUAGAUUAUAUCCUUUAAGUAUAAGACAUAAACUAAAAAAGCUCAAUGUCAUCUACAAUAAACUCCAAUACUUCAUAAGGCAGUGUUACUCUUUAAGAUUGCUUAUAAUACUCACAGAUGCCUGAAUAACUUAAUGCAGAGAACACAUGGUAUUGUAAAGUGUGCAAAGAACAUGUUUAAGCAUAUAAAAGCAUGCAAAUAUAUAAAGUAUAAUGUUUUGUAAAUGUUUUAGGCUCCUCAAAUAUUAAUCUUCACAUUGAAGAGGUUUAAAGCUUCAAAUAGAUUAUUUAAACAAAAACUAGAAACCUUAGUUGAUUUUCCCAUCAACAAUCUUGAUAUGACAGAUUUUAUUAUUAACUCAAAAACUCCUUGUGAUUAUGAAAAUGAAAAUGAAACCAAUAAUGGAGAAAAUAAUAAGCAAAAAGUUAUUUAUGAUUUAUAUGCUGUGUCUAAUCAUUUUGGAGGAUUAGGAGGUGGCCAUUACACUGCAUUGGCAAAGAACAAAGUAAAAUUAAUAUCAAAUAUAUUAGUUCACCAAUAAAUGGUACAAUUUUGAUGAUUCAAUGGUUGGCGAAAUACCUGAGUCAUCUAUUGUUUCAAAAUCAGCUUAUGUGUUAUGCUAUCAAUUGAGAACAGAUGAUUCUAAAAACUGCUAAGAAAAAACAAUGUAAUCUAUCUAAGAAUGAGAAGUAGAUUUAAUAAGUAUAAUAUAAAAUUUUUUCACAACCCC